AUGCGCUUCCUACGAUCUGUCUUCGCGAAUCUGAGGAUUAUACCGCCGAAGAGGGAUUACGCUCAGGUUCACGAUAUAAGAGUUCGCAUUGAGAGGGUCUUGGAAGGAGACGAAUCGGGUGGAACUAUGUCGCUCAAUGUAUUCAAGCAACCGCUCGCCUUGCACUCAACACGUCCCAUGACGGGUUUUAUGCGCAACGGCUACUGCGAAGCUCCCAAGUCAGAUGCUGGGAACCACUCGGUUGCAGGCAUCGUGACCAAUGAGUUCCUCGACUACAGCGCCUCCAAGGGCAAUGAUCUCCGGCAAGUUGGCCUCACCGACGGCUGCAAAUGGUGUCUCUGCGUCAGCCGGUGGAAGGAAGCAUUUGACAACCGCACGGGCGAGAACGACAAGAAGGUCCCCAAGAUCGUGUUGAAGGCGACGAACGAGCGCGCGCUGGAGAAGAUAGGUCUUGAGGACUUGAAGAAGUUUGCGGUGGAUAACGAAUGA